AGCACAGCACACCGUGGCAGUAGGUAGCAAGUCAGUGUUGUUUAUUUGUUUAAAGCCAAAUGUAAACAGGAAAGGAAUGAAAUCAUUUCCAGCCUCCAGGAAAAUACCUGUUUAUAAAUAAAAACAGAGGAAGGAGAGAUGUCCCCAUCUUGCAACCUCACCGCUCAGUGUCAGGGGAUCUGGGGCUCGAGGCUCCUCACCCUCCAUUCCUGGGCCGGCACUUUGCCAUCCAAUGUGGAAUUUUGCCCAGCCCAGGCACUUCCAGGCAGGAGCAGGAGGGGGGAAACAGGAGCAGCGCCCUGUCCCUGCCGCCAGUCCCCGCGUCCCCCGAGGGGGAAGAGCCAGCAGGGAGGGAGGCAGGGCCCACAGAGCUGGGAUUGCCCUGGAGAUGGGUCAGGACGGUACCUGGAGCCAGCUCGUGUGCAGGUGGAGCUGGAAGGGACCAGGAGAUCCCAGAGACCCUCUCCAGCCCGGAGCAGCCCUUCCCUCCUCUCAUCCUCCUGCCCCAGAGGACACAGCUCUCCCUGGCCCCAGGCAGGGCUGGCUCCUCCGGAGGCUCCUGGGGCUUGGUUCUCCUGCAAAGACUGGAGACAAACUCCCAUGCUCUGUCACUCCCUGCCCUCGGCUGGGCCAGGGUGCUCUCAGUGUGUCCCUGCGUGGCAGGAUGGGUCCAAAGGGGCUGGAAGUGCUUCCCAAGAGGAUCCAGGAGCUGUCCCUCGCUGCCCCUUUGCUGCUGGAGGGCACCAGCAGCUCCUCAGCCUGGCCUGGAGCAGCAGCACAUGGAGACCUCGGCCUCCAGGGGUGGAUAAACCUCAAGGGAUGGACAAACCUCAAGGGGUGGACAAACCUCAAGGGAUGGACAAACCUCAAGGGAUGCUGCUGCCCUCAGGACUCGCUCCCUGCCAGAGGCAGCCUGGGAAUGGCUCUGCCUGGAACAUCCCUGAGUGCCAACAUCCAGUGGCAAAGCUCAGAACCAGCCCUGGCUUUUCCUCAUGAUCCAGACAGUGAGUACUCGCUUCCUGCCCCUUCCCAGCCUCCUCUUCCCCCAUUCUGGAUUUUCCCCUCACCCUCUGGAUUUCAGCAUGGCAGCCCCGGGGCUGUUCUGUCCCCAGGACAGGUGACACGGAAAGGGAAGGGAGAACAGGGCAUUAACUGCAGGGAAUUCAGCCCCUGCUCCAACGACUUUGGCACGGCACAGGAGCGACCUGGCCACACUUUGCACCUGGUGGGAGACAAGGGAGGCAAUUCCACCCUCUCCAGAAAUCCACACAACCCCUCCUGGGAGAGCUCCACGGAUCCCAGGGACGGCACCGGCACCACCCUGAACACGGACACCCGGAUCCGGCCAGGGAGCUUCUGGGAUCCACCCCUGCCUUCCUGGAAAUGUGACUGUGCUGCCAGGAGGGGAGGGGGCACAGGCAAACCCCAAAUGUCACCCCACAGAGCUGUUCCCACAGUGCUGAACCGCGGAUGUGCAACCUGGGGGAACCCAGGUGCAUCCCAAGAGGCUGCUCCAGCACAGAUACAGAGAGAUCCUGGGGGUUCCAGCUUUCCCUGGACACCCUGGAUGUAUCCUGGGGAUUCCAGCUUUCCCUGGCCUCCCUGGAUGUAUCCUGGGGAUAUCCAUCUUUCCCUGGCCUCCCUGGAUGUAUCCUGGGGGGUUCCAUCUUUCCCUGGCCUCCCUGGAUGUAUCCUGGAGGUUCCAGCUUUCCCUGGCCUCCCUGGAUGUGUCCUGGGGGGGGUUCCAGCUUUCCCUGGACACCCUGGAUGUGUCCUGGGGGUUCCAGCUUUCCCUGGACACCCUGGAUGCUGGGCUGAGGCCACCCACAGCAGCAGGUGCUCACAGGGGAGUUUCUCCUCACCAAGACCAAAGAUUCCACGCAGGCAAAGCAGCACUGGAGGCAGUGGGGACACCCUUCCCAUAUGGGAAACAACUCACCAUUCCCUUUGGGUUUCUCUCAAAUCCCAAAAUCUUGGCCCCUGGGCUGAGGUUGUGUAGCAAACACCUUGAAACAGCCCAAUCUUUUCCAAAUUUGGCACCUGCAAGGCUGUGUUGGUGCUCUGGGUGACCCCAACACCCACAGCCUGGCUAUGGCUGUGGGCAGCAGCCAGAGCAGGCAGAGCUGAGGUCAGAAACUCCAGAGGGAUGAGGAUUUAGUUCUGUGGUGAGCAGCAGCUCCCACACCUCCUCCUGGCCAGGCUCUCAGGGUAUGAGCAGAGAGUGGCCUCAGCAGAGGGACAGAAGGGCCCUGCUGGCUGCCCUGGGGCUCCUGAAGCACCCAGCAGCUCUCUGGGUGGGUUGGUCAGCACUGGCCAGCUCUCAGGGAAACUCUGCCUGCUUUCUCUUGGCUCCUGUGGCUCUCUUUUGGCACAGCUGUACCUCAGGCAGCUCCUCAUGAGCUCUGUAAUUCCCUGGAUGCACUGGAGAGAGGCCCAGGUGUCAAGAGAAGGCAGCACAAAAUCCCAGGAAUCUUGCUGACAGCUGGGAAUGGGAAUGGGGAGCCCAAGCCCUGCUCUGCCCAUUCCCAGCUACUUUGGGACUCAGCACCCCCAUUCCCAAACUUGCAUCCCUGCCAGGAAUCUUUUGGGAUCUGCUUUCAAAAUGGGUUGGAGGGCUGGGGUCUACUCCAACCCUCAAGAACAAGAGACUGACUUUUGGAUUUUUGCCUGAGGAUUCCCUACCCUGCUCCACAAUGGAAACUCCUCCCUCCCUCCCUCCAUGUCAGCACAGACCUGGGAUAGUGAAGGUGUCCCAGCUCAUGGAACAAGAGCAGCUUUAAGGUCCUUUCCAGCCCAAAAAUCCCAAACUGGGAUUCUGACUCUUCAAAGACAGCGUUCUGCUUGGAGCAGAGCCCCCUCAGCAUUCCUCACUCUCUCCCCACAGGCUGCUCUUCCUGGGGCCCCAGAUCCCUGCAGACCACCACCACCAAAGAGCUGGGCUCUCAGCAUUUAUUUCCACAGCAAACCAGUGCUCAGGGUUGCAGGAGGUGACAUGCAGGGCAGGCAUUGCUGGAGAGGAGGGCUGUGAUUCCACGUGGAGAUACCUGUAGUGCAUAAGAGACUAAAGAGCAUCCACCUACCUCUACAGGGCCCUAAGUGUCAGCUCGGAGAGGAGAAUUAUUGUGUUGCAAGUGGACAGUGACAGGAGACACGAGCUGCAGCUACUCUACACACAUUGCUUCAGAAACCACAAAGAAAUGCACAAA